AUGGAUAAUGAUCUAAUGGACCUCAACAUUGAAUGGAUUAAGACCCUUCGCAAGGAUAUACCUUUCUCCAUUAUUUAUAAUACUUACCAGCCUCAGAAAGGUAAGGCAUUCCGCUUGACUCUCAAUAAAGAAGCUGUGUUAACUGAACUUUGGGACUGGGCCAAGCAUACGUCUUCAUUGUCUUUUGAUAAUCAAACAAAACUACAAAUCAAGGAAUAUCAUGGUAAAUUUGAUUCUAUGGAAAAGGCUCAUGACUUCAGUAACGUAGAAGAAUCAUAG